UGCCGUCCACCUCCCUUCUGUUUCUUCCUGUGUUUUUGUGUGCGUGUGUGCAGCUCCUUCCUCGUUUGGGCUGCUGCUGCUGUUUUCGGGACGGCACGUUCUGAGCGUGAGGACAGUUCUGGGAAGGGGAGUCCUCCACUCCAGGGUUCCACUGCUUGUCUGUUCCACACACUGGAGGGGGUAGAGCUCUAAGCUGGGAAGCCCCCGACGUAUGUGUGUUUGUGUGUGGAGGGGGUGUUUUUUCGGGAGAGGCGAUUCCUAGUGGUGCUCCACAGCCGAGUCCAAACCACAGGAGUGGAGAGAGAGAGAGGACGUGGGGUGGGGAUGUUGGAGGCUGCAGGGACAGUGUGGGGUGCAGUUUGCGGUCAAGAUUUUGGGGUGAAUGAAGGAGAAGGUGUCCGGGUUAUGAUGUCCACCUACAAACGGGCCACCCUGGACGAGGAGGAGCUGAUCGACUCUACCUCGGAUGACGUCUAUCCGUCGGCAGUCAUGCAGGUGUCACUGAUUCGAGGCCCAGGCCCCAAGUGCUGGGCAGAGAGGACGCACAUUGAGAGGAGGCUGCUGGUCUUGGUCUGCACCCUGUCCCUCGCCCUCUUCAUUAGCCUUCUGACGCUGGGGGUGCACUACCGGGCAGGCCACCAUGGCGUGUGUUUGUCGGAGUCAUGUGUGACCGUGGCCAGUGCUGUCCUGAGCUCCAUGGACCACUCGGUGGACCCCUGCCAGGACUUCUACAACUAUGCCUGUGGGGGCUGGAUCAAGAACAACCCGCUGCCCGAGGGCAAGUCCCGCUGGGGGCCCUUCAGCAACCUGUGGGAGCACAACAUGGCCGUCAUGAAGAACCUGCUGGAGAACACCACCAUGAAGGGGCUGAGUAAAGCGGAGAAGAAGGCCCAGUGGUACUACCAGGCCUGCAUGAACGAGGGCAAAAUUGAAGCUCUGGGAGCCCAGCCCCUGCAAGAGCUCAUCAAUGUUACAGGGGGCUGGGGCCUCACGGAGCCCUGGGAGAAAGACAACUUCCAGGAGGUCCUGCGCAUGGUGUCGGCUAACUACCACACCUCUCCCUUCUUCACCGUCUUUGUAAGCACAGACUCCAAGAGCUCCAACAGCAACAUCAUACAGGUGGAUCAGUCAGGGCUGGGGCUACCCUCACGGGAUUACUACCUCAACAAGACUGCCAAUGCAAAGUACCUGAAGGCAUAUCUGGACUUCCUGGUGGAACUGGGGGUCUUGUUAGGCGGCUCCACAGAGACGGCCCAGACCAUGAUGCAGGAAAUCGUGGACUUUGAGACCAUGCUGGCUAACAUCACCGUGCCCGUGGAGGAGAGGCGAGACGAGGAGCUCAUCUACCAUAGGAUACAUGCCAAGGAUCUUGCUACGCUAGCCCCUGCGGUGGACUGGAUGCCCUUCCUCAAAGACAUGUUUGCCCCUGUGAAGCUGAACGACUCUGAGCCUGUGGUGGUCUACGCCAAAGAGUACCUUCAGAAGGUGUCCGAGCUCAUCCAGAACACCAACAAGAGUGUCCUAAAUAAUUACAUGAUCAUGAAAGUGGUGAGAAAGAUGGUCUCCAUCCUUGACCAGAAGUUCCAGGACGCAGAGCAGCGCUUCUUCGAGGUCAUGUACGGCACCAAAAAGAGUUGCACCCCACGCUGGAAACUGUGUGUGAGCGAUACAGACAGCGCAUUAGGCUUUGCACUAGGAGCCUUGUUUGUCAAAGCCACAUUCGCAGAGGACAGCAAGACCAUCGCUGAAGCCAUGGUCUCAGAGAUCAAAUGGGCCUUUGAGGACAGCCUGAAAGAUACUGCCUGGAUGGACCCGGACACCAAAAAGGCUGCCAAGGAAAAAGCUGAUGCCAUUUACAACAUGGUAGGAUAUCCCAAGUUCAUCAUGGACCCCAAGGAACUGGACAAGGUCUUCAACGAUUUUGAGGUGGUGUCAGAGCUGUACUUCCAGAAUGUCAUGCAGUACUACAACUUCUCUGGCAGAGUCACAGCAGACCAGCUGAGGAAGGCUCCAAACAGGAACCAGUGGAGCAUGACCCCUCCCACAGUGAACGCCUACUACAACCCCACCAAGAAUGAGAUGGUCCUGCCUGCCGGCAUUCUCCAGGCUCCAUUUUACAGCCGCACAUGGCCAAAAGCCCUGAAUUUUGGUGGAAUUGGUGUGGUUAUGGGGCAUGAACUGACACAUGCCUUUGAUGACCAAGGGAGGGAGUAUGACAAGGACGGGAACCUGCGCCCCUGGUGGCAGAACUCGUCGGUGGAGGCCUUCAAGCACCAGACCCAGUGCAUGGUGGAGCAGUACAGCAACUAUACCAUCAACAAGGAGCCUCUGAACGGCAAGCACACCCUGGGGGAGAACAUAGCCGACAACGGGGGACUGAAGGCUGCAUACAAGGCCUACGUGAACUGGACCAAGAAGAAUGGGGAGGAGGACACACUGCCCGCCCUGGGGUUGACCAACCAUCAGCUGUUUUUUAUUGGAUUUGCCCAGGUGUGGUGUUCUGUGCGUACCCCUGAAAGCUCCCAUGAGGGUGUGAUCACGGAUCCCCACAGCCCGUCACAGUACCGUGUCAUCGGCACUGUCUCCAACUCCCAGGACUUCUCCAGGCACUUCGGCUGCCCGGCCAACUCCCCCAUGAACCCCAAGCAGAAGUGCGAGCUCUGGUAAAAAACGCGCACACCAGGGCCCUAUGACCCUGGUCAUGCUUUGCUGUGGCAAAGUGGCCUGUAUGGGGUCAUGAGCUCUCCUUCAGAGAUGGCCAAGACAGAGACAGAGGUGAUUGACUGGUGAAUGAACAAAUCACAGCAGCUCUGCUUGCUCAGCUCUUACUUCUCAGGUUGCCUAAUCUGGACUGCCAAGCCUGGAGGAGGAAUCCCGAUCCCGACUCAGCUCGUCUUCAUUAAUAUGUGGAGGAAAACACACUCUUCACACUUUUUUUGUUUUGUUUUAAUCUCUGAGGAGCACAUUGAAAUAACGAAAUGUGUUCUGCUCCUUGGUUGAAGUGAGGAGACACACUGUUAACACUGGAAACCAGACAGGUUGAGUUUAAUGAAGAGACUAAAGGAUGUGUGGGUGGGUGGGGUAUAAUUCUUUGCAUCAAGGCUUAUGAAUAAAAAAAGAGGUCAUGCACCUCUGUCUUAAUGUGUUUUUUUUUAAAGUGGAAAAGAAUAUUUAUUUUUCUGCCUUUAUUACAAUGCCUUGUCAAUUUGUAAGGUUCUUGUUCAUAUGUAAAAUAGCUUGCAAAGUUAAUUCUUAAAUAGAUUUAGAUUGUUUUAUGUAAAUUUGUAUAAGUCUGUAUAAGUCAAGUUAAGUGUAUUGUAAAGCUCCUGCCAAAUGCUCUUGUGAAUGUCUUUGUAAUGGGCACUAUGCAUCCUUAGAGGACAGAGGCCUGACCCUUUGGAUGUUGGCUCCAUUCUCCACCUGGGCACAUUAAAUUAUAUAAAUGCACAGAGUUUAAAGAAGUGACUGUGUAUAUAUAUUGUGCAAUAACUUGUUUUGUUAUAAAGUUGUCACAUAAAGAUGUGAGGUGUUUAAAAUAGCAGCUCUCUAUGUUAGAAUUGGUCUGUCUACUAACACUGUCACAUGCAUUCAUUUAGAACAGCCAUUAUGCGACAAAUGCUGGUUCUCAUUUUGUCAGAAAUGUUUCAGUAUGGCCUAAGAAUGCUAUGGGUUUGUGUGCAGAACCCCACAGGCUACCUAGGCCACAUCUGAGAUGGAAAACUAUGAAGUCACCUGGUAUUGCAUACCCCUUGGAUUUUAACCAUUUAUGCCUCAUUUUGUAUCUCUUACACAUUAAAUUCGAAAAUAAAAAUAAUUUCUAUAAAAUA